AUGUCGGAAUCUUCGUUGAAAAAAGCAGAGAAAAAAGUGCAAGCACUAGAUGCACAAAUCAAAAGUUUACAACUCGACCGAGAUAGUUUGGCUCAAGAAACGAAGACACUUAAAGAAGACAAUAAGCGAUAG